AUGCCCAACUCCGGCACCCACAUCACUCAACCUCUUACCCUCCGCAUCGGCAACCAUCUAGACAGGGCUAUCACCUGUGAGGUUGGCUCGUUUGCAGGGGAGGACCUCGUCAUACCACAUCGAUGGCUCAAGGAGCAUCAACCAACCAUCCAUUGGGGACGCAACAGUGUUAGCUUUCAUAGCAACAACUGCAUAGUCAAUGGAUGCUUCGUAUCAGUCGAGGACAUAUACGAUCAAGACCCAGAAGAGCUGGUCAUCAGGCUGUUGAGGGCGUCACCCAAGAAGCAGAUAACGAUCGAGCAACACCCCUUUUGGGCAAGGGCAUCGGUAAACGAGGCUCUCAUUAGUGCUAUACCGGUGGAGUUUCAGGAAUAUGCCGACGUGUUCUCCAAGGAAGGAGCCGCUCGACUACCUGACCACUCUGAAUGGGAUCAUACCAUUCCUCUUAUGGAAGGAAAGCAGCCGCCGUGGGGACCGAUCUAUUCGCUCUCCCCACCUGAAGAUAAGGCACUCCGGGAGUACUUGGACGAAAAUCUGCCCUCCGGCAAAGUAGUCCCCUCCACUAGCCCCGCAGCGGCACCCGUCCUGUUCGUUCCGAAAGGUAAUGGCAAGCUUCGGUUAUGUGUCGAUUUUCGUGGCUUAAAUGGGAUCACGAUCAAGAACCGUUAUCCACUGCCACUCAUGAAUGAGCUGGCCGACGCAACGAAAGGAGCACUCUACUUCACGAAGAUAGACCUGAAAAAUGGCUAUAAUCUGAUUAGGAUUGCUAAGGGCGAAGAAUGGAAAACCGCUUUCCGAACGAAAUACGGCCUCUUCGAAUAUAGAGUAAUGCCUUUCGGCUUGACCAAUGCUCCUGCGUCGUUUCAGGUCAUGGUCAAUACCAUAUUCAAGGAUCUUCUAGAUCAAGGUGUAACGGGGGUGCCUUGA